CUGCGCCACACACCUCGUGCCUUUGCUGCCCCUCCUCAUUGCCGGGAUUUGAUGCUUAAGCUCGGGGUUCGAUCAGCUCGAUGAACGAGUUGGAGUUAGCUUUUGUAGUGGUGUGGUGAAGUUGAUCAUUUGUAUACUUCGGAGUUAGGUGACGAAGAGAGUCUCGGAGGGACGACACGAUUUUAUUUUAUUUCUUAAUUUGUUCGUGCGUGUACCAAAGGGUGGAAGGAGUAGUUGCCGAUUUAUUCAUGGAGGAACACAGCUUUGUUGUUACAUGGAUUGUGCCGCUACCGGUAUAGUUGGAAAGUUGGUUGUACGAGUUGCAGAGCACGAGGGAGUGUACAGAGUGGUGGAGGAAAUCGUAAUUUGGACUUUGGGGGGCUUAUGUUCGGUUUAGUCGGUUUUAGUUUGUGAUCCGUCGUUAAGAACCAAAAAGGGAAUGGAGAAGAUGAAGAGGAUGAAAGGUUUAAGAAUAGCGCUGCUUGCGGCGGCGGUGAUGCUCGCAGUGGAGCUCGUUUCCGGAAAUUUUGUGGUGGAAGAGAAUAGCUUAGCUGUUAUGUCUCCCGAGAGUUUGAAGGGGACGUAUCGCAGCGCUAUCGGUAACUUUGGAGUCCCAAAAUAUGGUGGUACGCUGUCAGGGGUGGUCAUUUAUCCAACUGUGAACAUGAAAGGCUGUGGAAAAUUCCCUCAUGAUCAUUUUCGAUCGAAUUCCGGCGAACGUCCUAAAUUCGCACUUAUUGAUCGCGGCGAUUGUUAUUUUGCAACUAAAGUCUGGAACGCACAACAAGCCGGCGCAGCAGCGGUGCUUGUGGUAGACAACAGGGACGAGGAUCUGAUAACCAUGAACUCGCCGGAGGAGGAUCCUGUGGCAUCAAAAUACUUACCAAAUAUCUCCAUUCCAUCUGCUCUGAUUAUUAAGAAAUUUGGGGAUAAGUUGAAAACUGCCCUGAGCAACAAGGAGUUGGUGGCUAUCAAAUUAGAUUGGCGAGAGGCAAUGCCUCAUCCAGACGAACGCGUGGAGUAUGAGUUUUGGACCAAUAGUAACGACGAGUGUGGCCCCAAAUGUGACGAUCAGGUUGAGUUCGUGCGAAACUUCAAGGGUGUCGCUCAGAUUCUGGAGCGGGGAGGUUACACUCAAUUCACCCCCCAUUACAUCACGUGGUUUUGCCCACAGGCGUUUAUUGAAAGCAAGCAAUGCAAGGCACAGUGCAUCAACAACGGUCGCUACUGUGCCCCUGAUCCGGAGCUAGACUUCACGCGAGGGUAUGAUGGCAAGCAAGUUGUCACCGAGAACCUUCGACAACUCUGCGUAUUCAAGGUCGCAAAUGAGAGUCUACCCCGCCAGCCAUGGAAAUGGUGGGAUUAUGUCACAGAUUUUCAGAUACGCUGCAGGAUGAAAGACAAUAGAUAUGGCCCUGAAUGUGCCGAGGAAGUCAUGAAAUCUCUUUCUAUCGAUGUGGACGCGGUGCGCAAGUGUAUUGGCGACCCAAAUGCGGAUGCUGAUAAUGAAAUUCUUAAGCACCAGCAAGACGUGCAGGUUGGCGAAGGCGUUCGGGGGGAUGUAACCAUUUUGCCUACGCUUGUCAUCAACCAACGGCAAUAUCGAGGCAAACUAGACAAGACUGCGGUGUUGAAGGCCAUCUGCGCGGGGUACCUAGAAACCACAGACCCACCCAUAUGCUUAAGCGACACCAUAGAGACUAACGAGUGUGCAGAUAAUAAUGGCGGUUGUUGGGAGAGAGGUUCCAUAACCGCGUGCAAGGAUACAUUCAGAGGUCGUGUUUGUGAAUGCCCACUUGUACAUGGAGUCCAAUUCGAAGGUGACGGUUAUACUCACUGUGAAGCCCAUGGACUGGGGCGCUGCAAAGUACAGAAUGGCGGAUGUUGGGAAGAAACACGACUUGGAGUUUAUCAUUCGGCUUGCAGUGAUUAUCAUCACCAUGGGUGUCAUUGUCCACUGGGCUUUGAAGGAAAUGCAUCGAAGGUUGAAGGGGGUUGCGUAGAUAUCGAUGAAUGCGCCAGAAAAUUGAAGUGCCAGUGUCCUGAUUGUAAAUGCACCAAUACUUGGGGUUCAUACGAGUGUGAAUGCGCUAACGAUCUUCUGUACUUCCACGAGCAUGACACAUGCAUAAAUCGGAAGAGUGGGCAAUCCAAGGCGGCAGGGUGGGUAGUUUCCCUUAUUGUGCUCGCUGGUCUGUCAGUUCUUGGACUUGGCAGUUACGUUGUCUACAAGUAUCGCCUUCGGACGUACAUGGAUUCGGAGAUUCGAGCGAUCAUGGCUCAAUACAUGCCGUUGGAUAGUCAAGGCGAAGUUCAGAACCACUCUCACAAUGGGGUGAGGGAGCCAUGACGCUGUGGAAGUCAAUGUGGUUCGUUACUCAAAUUAUGUGGUACCUGACGGCUGUUCAAUAUUUGGGAUUCAAGAAGAAAGUGCUUCUACCCCAUUGAUUCAUGAAGCCAUGUGUUCCUGAAAUUAACUAACAGUGUAAGAAGACUUUAUGUAAAGAAAGUAGCCAGGAAUAUAAUAGGAUGUUCAUGUGUACAUUGAUGAGAAGCGGGGAGUGCACCUUUUUUUUUCCAUGGUGCAAAACCGAAUACAAUCCUGCUGAUUGCAACGAGUGGGUUCCUUGCAACAUACGUAGAUACCAGUGUUACACUGUGAUUAAAACUGUCCACAAGGACGAUCUUACAGUAUUUAAGAUCUUCGGUUACAGCUUGUUGUGCAUGUCUAUGAUACUCUUAGGCGUCUGCAUUCAGUAUGCUUUUGCGGUUUGACAUGCCGCUAUGAAUCUCAUGUAUUCCCUGCAAUAUUCCCGAAAAUCUCAAAUUCCUUGAA